CUCUAAUCACAUGACCAACAACCAUAUGAGAUGAACAAAAAGCACGUGCCGAUAUGAAUGAAUUUCCUUAUCAUUUUUGCAAAUUUAAAACUAUAAAAGGAAAGAAUUCUGUGGAUCCCAUGAUUUUUUUCAGUAACUUGUUGUUGAUUCAUCAAUUGUUAUGUGCCAACAUAGAUGGUGGAGAGGAUGAUGACGGUUCAGAAUAUGUGUACGCAGAAGAAGAACUUAGGUAUGAUCUUGAGCACUUACUGGAUGAACCUGAAGAACACUUGGAUCUCAGGUGUGCCCACAUUGUGGAACGUCUUCUCUUGUCAGAUUGUAAGACACUUUUGGAGAGGGCAACAAGGAAAAAAUACAAGGGCUUGCAAACCUUCCAUCACGAGUUUUCAAAGACAAUACAAUUUGUCUACGAGGCAGAGAAGUUCAGCUUAUACUUUUCUGCUCAAUAGGAAGGUAAUGCAGAGCCGAGG